CGCGUACACUAGCAUUUCUAUAGGCUUUAUAGCUAAGGUACGCGAACCGGUCACUCCAGUAUCUUCACGACUGCCUUGCGUCGUCUUGUCGCAUUCUCAAAUCAGAAACGCUGCUUUCCCAAAGACUUGUAUGCACCGGAUGAAAUGAAAAUCCUCUGAUUGAUUGAUUCAGAAAGAAGAGAAAUUCAGUUCAAUGGCUUCUCUGCAUACUCUGAAAUCCAAUCUGUCUCCCAUCACUAUUUCCCCCUCAAAUUUCCCCGGGAAAUCGGAUUCCAGGAAAACGGUUCUCAGGUUUAGAACUUGUAGGGGGUCGCCUUAUUUUGUUGGUAUCCCCAAACUUAGGGUUUGGUGCCGAGUACAAGACGAUGAUAACCAAAGCAAAAGUAAUGGUGAAGAACCUCCUGAGUCUCUAUUUAUGAAGGAAUUAAGGCGGAGAGGUAUGACACCAACUUCACUGCUUGAGGACACAAAAAGGAGCAACAGUGGUUUGGACGAUGAACUUAAGUUGGGGGAAGAUGACAGAGGAUUUGCAAAAAGAAAUGCAGUCUCAACGGAAUAUGAGGGAAAUUUAACCAAUCAAAGAGAGCGUUCCAUGGCCUUGAACAGUGAAGGCCUUGAGGGCCUAAUUCCUCGAGCUAAACUUUUGCUAGCAACUGGAGGAACAUUUUUCUUGGGAUUUUGGCCAUUGAUUAUCGUAACUGUGGCAUUCUUUUCUGCUCUUUACGUCUAUUUUGGAACAACAUUUAUCCAUGAUGGUAGCCAGACAGCCAUUUCACCCCCACAGUAUGUUGAUCCCUAUGAGCUACUGGAAGACGAAAGAAUAUCUCAAAUGACCCAGGGUGCAAAGUGACGAACAAUAUACUUUUUACUGCACCAUGAUACUAGAUCUAUUACUGGCUUCUGUGACAUAUUUUGUCUGCCCUUGUGGAUUCUUUCCCUUUGUACAUCCUAAUUACCAUAAAAAUUCAUCCCAUCAAUUAAAAAAUGUGGUAUUCCAUGUUGAAAAAUGUUACCACCCUAUUUAUGUUGUUGCAUGGUUCAUAUUAUAAUAAAUGGCUUUCUUUUGUGUA